CGUCAGCCUCCACGCCGAGCUGCUAAAAAAGACAACAAUUUCAUCCCGGCUUCCCAGGCAUUUUGCAGCUUCGAAGGAAGGGUGGAGGGGAUCCCUGAUCCCUGAUUUUGCAAUACUGGGGGGGGGGGGGAUUAUGGCGUCGGUGCCAAUCCAUCUUCUCGUUUUGGUCUUCCUUUCGGCCGUAGCCAAGACAUCAACAGGAAGCAGAGCCUGCAAUCGGAAGUAUUUUGGCGUGGACGCGAUUGUGUGUGUUUGUAACAGUACCUAUUGCGAUACCCAGGAUCCUGUCCGUCUCCCUCCCUUGGGUCAGUUCGUCAUGUACGAAAGCAGCAAAUCCGGGAACCGCCUGGAACGCAGAGAAGGUCAUUUCCAGAACAAAACGACCAAUCCAGGUUCCUCGACGAAUACGCCAAGCAGAAUUUAACCUUCUGGGCUAUCACUGCUCAAAACGAGCCUUCUUCUGGAUAUGUGAAAAAUUAUCCUUUCCAGACUCUGGGCUUCACCCCGGAAUCACAACGCGACUUCAUUGCCCUGGAUCUCGGCCCCGCCCUGGCACGCAGUUCCCACAAAGAUAUCCGGUUAAUUAUCUUAGACGACAACCGAAUCCAUCUCCCUCGAUGGGCCAAAGUGGUGAGUGGAAGACUUAAAACUUCGAAAACUUUUUUUUAA